CAGAUCAAAACAAGCCGGGUGAUGUAAAACUCAAACUAAUUUUAAAAUAACAAGUGAACGUACAUAAGUUGAUUCGGUAUUUCAGCUAAAUUUUCGUAUAUUUAAACUGGAAGUUGUAUAGGUGUCCUAUCCUAAUAAUUUAAGAUGAAUGCUUUAAGAAAAGAGGCUCUCCAUUGGUACAAAACACUUCUACGCACCCGGAACCAUGUAUUUGCAGGGGAUUGUCGAGCUCUUGAAGCGGCCCGGCAGAAAAUUCGAGAAGAAUUCCUCAAAUGCAAAGAUAUGACCGAUGCAAAGGCAAUCAAAGAGAGACUUUUUCUUGCCGAACAAGUUGACAUCGAGUUGCGAAGCUCGGUCGUACAGGCUGUAAGGGUCGAGGAGAACGUCUAUCAUGCAAAUUUCACCCCCGAUACAGCCAAAAUUGUAAAUGUACCUUUCGACCCCAACGCUAAGCUGCCUCCGCCAAGAAGCAAGAAAUGUGGAGAUGGCGCGAAAUAAACAUGUCGUUUUGUUAGUCAACAUUUAGCGUGUAAAUACAUUGAGAGGAGAAUAAAGGACAGUUUAAAAUAAUCA